CGGCACACGGGCGGCGACGGGCGCUGGGAGGCCAUCAGAGCGGCGGACGCGCGCGAGUCCCCGCUCAGCCUCGGCCACUUCAGGCUCCUCAAGCGCCUGGGCUACGGCGACAUCGGCAGCGUGUACCUGGUGGAGCUCCGGGGCGCCGGCGCGGGAGGCGGCGCGCUGUUCGCCAUGAAGGUGAUGGACAAGGGGUCCCUGGUGAGCAGGAACAAGCUGUCCCGGGCGCAGACGGAGCGAGAGAUUCUCGGCCUGCUCGACCACCCCUUCCUCCCCACGCUCUACUCCCACUUCGAGACGGAUAAGUUCUUCUGCCUCCUCAUGGAGUUCUGCAGCGGCGGCAACCUGCACUCGCUCAGGCAGAAGCAGCCAAACAAGCACUUCACCGAGCACGCCGCCAGGUUUUACGCAUCCGAAGUGCUGCUUGCCCUGGAGUACCUGCACAUGCUGGGCGUGGUGUAUCGGGACCUGAAACCGGAGAACGUGCUGGUCAGGGAGGAAGGCCACAUCAUGCUCUCCGACUUUGAUCUCUCCCUCCGCUGCUCCGUCAGCCCGGCGCUGGUGCGCUCCCCGUCGGGCCGUGUCGGCGGCGCUGGCGGCCUCGUCCAUGGCUGCAAGCUCCCUCGCAUCCUGUCAUCGUCCAAGACGAAGGCCAGGAAGAAGGCGGCCAAAGAGAAAGACAAAGACAACCAGCAGCAGGAGCUGGUUACCGGGGACGGCAGGAAGAAGCAGGCGUGGACGUCGCUGGAGUUCACGGCGGAGCCGACGGCGGCGCGGUCCAUGUCCUUCGUCGGCACGCACGAGUACCUGGCGCCGGAGAUCAUCCGGGGCGAGGGACACGGCAGCGCCGUCGACUGGUGGACGUUCGGCGUGUUCCUGUACGAGCUGCUGCACGGCACCACGCCCUUCAAGGGAUCGGGAAACCGGGCGACGCUGUUCAACGUCGUCGGCCAGCCGCUGCGGUUCCCGGACGCGCCGGGCGUCAGCGCCGCCGCGAGGGACCUCAUCAGGGGCCUGCUGGCCAAGGAGCCGCAGAAGCGUCUCGCGUACCGGCGCGGAGCGGCGGAGGUCAAGCAGCACCCGUUCUUCGAGGGCGUCAACUGGGCGCUGGUCAGGAGCGCCGCGCCACCCUACGUGCCCGACGUCGCCGUGGAAGCCCCCGCCGUGCGAGUCCCAGACAAGGAUGGAGGCGCGUCGUCGCAAGGCGGCACGCCGAGGAGCGGCGCCGCUGCGGCCGGUGGGAAGGCCAGCUCGCCUCACGCUGAUCCGUCGACGUACGUUGAUUUCGAGUACUUUUAG